AUGGCUCGACGCCAGGUUCUUUACGAUCUUCAUUUUCAUGUCAAGCUUCAACUUCUCCUCCCCGCCGCGGACCCGGCGCCGAGCGAGUCCAAGGCCAAGGGCGGCAAAAGUAAGAACAACGGCGCGGAUGCCGACCCCAACGGCGACUUCAAGGACGACGACGAGCAGGACGCCUCGCCCUGGCCCGCGUGGAUGACGCUCCCCAAGGUGGGCGACCAGGCUCCGAUGGACCGCGAUCGCAGGAUCGCUAUCGGCGGUGGGAGGUGCGUCAUGAUUGUGUUUCUGCGAUGCGUCGGCUGCGCUUUUGCCCAAAAGACCUUUCUCUCUCUUCGCACCCUCGCGAACCGCUUCCCCAACGACCUCACCUGCAUAGCCGUCUCCCACUCCUCCGCCGCCGCCACCCAAAAAUGGGUCGACCUCAUGGGCGGCUCCUGGAACGUGCAAAUCGUCAUCGACGAGGACCGCUCCGUCUACGCCGCCUGGGGCCUCGGUCUCGGCACCGUCUGGUCCGUCCUCAACCCCACCACCCAGAUCCAGGCCUGGAAGGAGAAGGGCUGGCUCGGCAACCAGGUCGCCACCGCCAUCCAGCGGAAAGGUACCGCCGGCCGCGGCAUGGCCAGCUACCAGACGGGCGGCUCCGGCGUCAUCGACGUCGAGGGCCCCGUCACCGUCAUGGGAAACAAGUGGCAAAACGCCGGAGCCUGGGCCGUGAACGGCAGCGGCGCCCUUGGCCUGUAG